UGUGUGUGUGUGUCUGUGCGCGUGUGCGUGUGUAUGCGGAAAGAGCCAGAGAGGGAGGACUCUGCCUGUAAUCCGCACAAGUCACUGGAUAUCGGGACACUGCAGACUGUAAGAAGCUAUAAAGCUUCAUACAGCUUCAUACAGAAGAUAAUCGACUUGGACUGAGUUAUCCUCCAUUAACUGUACACCCGGCGACUCGAGCCUCAUCAUGGCCGAAUCCAUGGACGAGACUUCGUUUUCCCUGAUGAGUCUGGAGGAAGAGCUGACCUGCAGUAUCUGUCUGAGCACCUUUGACAGUCCGGUAACCAUCCCCUGCGGACACAACUUCUGUCAGGACUGCCUCCUCGCCACCUGGAAGGACACCUACAGCUGUCCUCAGUGUCGGACCCACUUCGCCACCAAACCGGAGCUGAAGAAAAACACGGUCCUCAGCACGGUCGUGGAGACCUUCAGAGUCCGGUCGGGCAAGAACGAGGCCGGUCUGUCCGGAGAGGAGGGGGCCAAAGCCGAGAAAGAGGAUGUCAUCCGCUGUGAUACAUGUAUGGAGGCAAAAGCGUCCCAGACCUGCCUCACCUGCAUGGCCUCUUUCUGUGACGAGCACCUGCGGCCGCACCGGGAAAAUCCCAUUUUCCGUGUCCACCAGUUGAGUGCGCCUGUCGGCGACCUGAUGGAGCGCAUCUGCCCCGACCACCACAAGCUGAUGGAGCUCUACUGCACCCAACACGACCGCCUGAUCUGCAGCCUCUGCCUCCCAGUCCACAAUGGAUGCGCCUACAUAUCUGCUGAGGAGCGGAGGAACCUGAAAGAGUUCGACCUGAGAAGCAAGCUAAACUUGAUGGACGGGAAGAUUACGAAGAAUAAAACUGUUAUAUUUCAGAUGAGGGACAUGCAGAACUCACUAAAGGACUCGGCGACCAACAGGAAGAAAGCUUUGGCAGUUGAGUAUCAGCAGAUCCGGGACAUCUUGGCCCGAGAGGAACGUGAUGCGAUGAAUGCGGUGGAGCGAGAGGUUGAGACUGGUCAGACCAAACUCAAAGUUCUUAUGAAGAAGUUCAGUGACAACAUUGAUAGCAUGAGCAAAGCGAAAGAAGAUAUCCACAGGCUGCUGGGUCAGUCCCAAACCAUGGCCUUCCUAAAGACUUCACUUGACCUGCCCCAAGUCGUAACCUUUGACCCUUACACCCCUCGAAUCAACCUGGACUCCAAGAAGGUGAUAGCAACACAUGCAUUUGCCGCUGCCCUGAAGGAACAUCUGAGCGAGAUCUUUAAACAGCCUGUUGAGGCCAGACUACCAAUAAUGAAAACAGAUGAAAGAGCAGAAUCUGCCUCUUUGAGCCCUGGAAUUCACCAGGAGUCUGAGCCAAAAUGGCCACUAGGGCAUCCCAAACUCCCCAGCCCCCACAGUCCAGGUCAAGCUUCUCAGCCCAAAGUAGGUCCAAAGAAGAAAAAGAAGGAAGAAAAGGAAAAAAAACAACCCAAAAAGCCCACAGAAGGCAAUAUGGGAAAUAAGAAUCAAAACCGUUCGGUGGACAACCUGUUGGUGUUUGGUACUUUUGACAAACCUGGAGGCCAUCCACUUGCAGCUGAGCCCAAAGAUAAACCAGAAACGUUGGACAGUCCCCUAGACAUUACAUCUGCUGAAAAAAGAAGUGAACUUCUGAAAUAUGCCACAGUGCUCACUUUGGAUUCAAAGACAGCCCACAAACGCAUCACACUGACUGAGGGCUUCACUAAGGCCUCUGUGUCAGAUGAGCAUGCAAACUACCCCGACUGCCCUGAACGCUUCGCUGUCUGCUCCCAGGUGCUCGCCUCCAAGGGUUUCUCUAGAGGGCGCCACUACUGGGAAGUCCGACUGAGCAGCAACAACUUCAUUGGCAUAGGCCUGGCGUACGGUAGCAUUGACCGCAAAGGUCCCACCAGUCGACUGGGCCGCAACACCCAGUCCUGGUGUGUGGAAUGGUUUAACGUCAAGCUGUCAGCUUGGUAUAACAGCAGUGAGACCGUGCUGGUCAAUUCCAAUCCUAAACGCGUCGGUGUGCUGUUGGAUUGUGAGGAGGGCACUGCUACGUUUUAUAACGUGGCAGACAGGGCAUAUCCCUUCCACUCCUUUGUGUUCCCCUUUGCUGAAGCUGUGUAUCCAGCUUUCUGGAUUUUCUCCAGUGGCUCGUCCAUUUCUUUGUGCAAGCUGCAGGGAUGAGGAUCACAUGCACAUACAGUUGCAUAUGCACGUACACACACACACACACACACACACACACACACACACACACACACACACACAGUCAAUCUUUUGUUCUUAUUACGAACUUUAAUAAUAUAAAACAGUUCUUUGCUAAUGUUUCGAGUACAUUGGCUAAGAAAAUGUAAUUUUUCACAUCAUGAGGCUGACCGGCUGCACUACCCAACCAACAGUUUUGUCAAUGUUUUCUUCAUUAAAAGUGGAAAACCAAUAUUGCCUGUACAGUUGCAACUGUACAAUAAUAAUAAUAAUAUUUUUUUCAAAGUACCCUACCUUUAGGUCUCUUUUAAAAAUAAGAAAAUGAAGGAAUAGUAGGUGGUGGUUAUGCCUGCCUGGCCUGAGAAUAUUAGUCCUCAGUCAGCCUGGAGCGUCACAAAUGAUAAGCAUGUUAUUAACUUUGACAUAGCAUGUCAUAGUUAAUGUCAUUAGCUAUGCUUGCUGUGAUUUACAUCAGCUGAAUUUGUGGCUGUGUGGCCACAAACAUGAAGCUGACACAGCUCCUGUUCUUGCAGGUUUCUUUCAACACAGGCAAGCAAUAUACAGUGUGUUUUCAAGUAUAUAAACUGCAUAUCAGGUGACAGUGACACACUUAUGCAUUCCAAUCACUUUUUAAAAAUAUUUAAAAACAAGAUAAAAAUUUGCCAUCACAAUUUCUUUUAUCUAACAUGCAGAAGGAAUGAAAAGAAAAUGCUGUUUGAUGGAAAAACAUGAGCAGGAUAAAAGAUAAGUUGUCCUUUUUCUCCCAAUAAAUUUUAUUGAUACAAUAACAGAUACAAUACAUCAAGUAACCAUACAACCAUAACCAUAUAAUAUAUUACAACUAAAAAAGAUCUCCUGUCAAUUAGUCACCUGAAGGCAGAUACCCAGACAGGGUGGAGUAAUGAGGAGCAGCAGCUGGUUUUUCUUGUGUUGUUUUAAAUUUUCAGAGAUUUGAUCUACUUCCUCCUCCUUUUUAACUGUAUAUACAUAAAACACAAUGCAUACUUACUAUACAGUAUGUAUGUACUUGUGUGUCCCUUUUAUUUACCAUGCAGAGUAUUUAUUAUACACUGUAUGAUGGUUAUGAAUGUGUGUGGGUAAAGAAGUGAAUUAAUCCCUUUACUGUCAGGCACAUGUCAGUACAGUGUUUCAAUAUGAUUUCUGCAUGUAAGAGUGUGGCUAUUAGGAUUAUAGGGCUGGAUGAUACGGAAUAUGUGUUUUCAUAUCAGUUGAUAUCAAUAUAUGUCACGAUAUGAAUCAUUUCUGGCAACCUCAAAGAUUCCCCUACGUUUAAAAGUCUAUAUAUAAAUCCACAAGUAAGGUCUUUGUGAUGGUUGAGCUGUCACUUUCUUUGCUGACACUCUUUCAUCUGAAGCAGUGCUCAUCAUCCAUCUAUCUAUUGGAGUUUUGAAACCAGAGCAGUAGCAUGUGGUGUAUUUAGCUCAACUCAAACAACCCUGUUGUGCAUUUUAUUAGGAAAUAGUCUGUUUCUGAAGGACUGCCAUAUGAUUGGUUAUAAAUAGCUUUGUUUCUGUCAUGCGAUAGGCUGUUCAAUUUAGAAAGCAAUGUAUCCUUCGGGUAUUGUAUGACAGUUUCUCAGUUUCAUGUUAUGGAAAUGUUUUUACCAAGUGUACAUGUUGUUCGGAUCACCCAGCCCUAUAAGGUCAUCUCCUAAACUCCGUGACUGGUUCAGCUGAUGAGAGCAGAAGUCAUAUAGACUGUGUUCUUAUCAAGGUCUGUCAGUCUCUCUUUUUUUUUAGAAUUACAUUGCUAUUGCAAUUGUAAAUCUAUAGUAGGCACAUUAGAACAACAAGCCAUCAGAAUGCUCUGUUGGUUUCUUGUAAAGCGAAAAGAAGGUAGUAAGAUGUAUAGUUUCACAGGGGUAAAUUAUUUGUGGUAUACUACAAAGUUUAUCCCCACCUGUGACAUGUGUUUGCUGAAAAACACUGGUGACAUUAGCCUCAGUGGCUCAUUUCCUUAUGUGACACCACUGCAGUCCAUCAGGUGAUGAAGUGGUCAGUCAGCUGAUCACGUGCAGUCAGAGCAGACUCGUCUUGCAGGUGCUAAAAGGUGUGAAAUGUUACUGUAUGGGUGUGAAGCAGUUGAGAUCUAUUCUCUAGAUCUACCAACAUACAGCACAUUUCAAUGAAAUUAUUGCAGUGCUGUUUCAACACGUUUCUCUUUGUUCUUUUUGACAAAAAGAACUAAGAUACUGAAGAGGUUCAGGAAACACCAUUGUCCACAGUGGUUUACUUGAUAAGCUGGUACAGGUUCAGACAUGAUGACUGCUGUACUAAAAUGAUAAACUAUUACAGACCUUCAUUUUUAGGUUACAGUACAUUCCAGUAUCUGAAGGUCUGUCCAUCACUGCAGAUAAAGUCUGAACCUGUAUGGUGAAAUCUGCUGUUUUCACUAUAUGCCAUUGCUUAUCAUUACAAUGGAGAAUUUUGGUUUGAGAUACAUAUCUUUUUGAGACAACUAAGAGCUUUCCAAUACCAUGAUGAGUGUCCAAGUCCUGAUAGUGUGUUGACACUGGUUUACUCUUACUACCAACCUUAAAUAACAUAAGAGAGGUAUCUGUGCUUACCAGAACCAAUGAAAAAUUUAGUUGAUUUCAUGCAACAUUUGACUUUUUUUUGCUAAUGGCUUCUGUUUUUGGCUUGUAAAAUGUAUCCUAUAGACCAACCUGCAGUCUCCAGUGGCCUGCAAAUCAUUUUGUUGAUUUUAUUUGAUUUGUUGUCCAUUGCUGAUCUUCAAAUGGAUGUAGUUCAUUGUUCUUUGCAGAUAUUUUCAAGUGUUCCUGCACAGUAACAGUAAAUUAACAUCAAAUCAACCUUUUAGUAAUGCUUCAUUGUUCAAUUGUCCUGUGCUUACUGCUCAGUGUCGUGAAACAGCUUUGGCGAUAGGUAUAUUAUGCCAUAUCUGUGGUGAUUUUAGUGUGUUCCCAGCAGGAGCUUCUUAGAUUAAGUAUGAGCUUUUUAUCUGUCUGUCUUAACAAUUGAAAUGGUUAUUUCUCUACUAGAUUUAGUUUAAUCAAAAUAACUUUGUAUUACAAUUUAACCAAUGAUUGUCAAUAAAUGUGUCUCUCUCUCA